UGUACGGGAAAGACGCAAAUAAAACUGAGAGUGAGAGCAUAAGUCAUAAUCAAAACAGAGCCCAAAACAGAAGGAAAGACGUCGUCGCUGAAGUUCGCGCCAAGCAAACGGCGAGGCGAGUGAGUGUGAGAAGGAGACUUGCCGCACGCCGCCGUGCAGUUGCUGGUUGGGGGGCUUCUGGAUGCAAUCGACACCGUCGUCAGUCAGUUAGUCGCGAUCCGCGGGCCAACAAACAACAACAAAAUUUCCCGGAAAGAUCGGUAAAUUUUGUUUGAAAACAAAAGUGGCGCGAAUUCAACACUUAGGCGUUUCGCGCAUUGUGGCUUGGUGGCUUAGUGUUUACGGGUUUCGAAGCUGAUUUACUGCACAACUCGGUUAGAUAUUUUUCCACUUUGAAGAUCGGUUCCGCGAUAAACCUUGAUAUAACCUCCGGUCCUUGGCGGAACUCAGCCCACAAUUUCUAUUCACAUAGAAUGCGAUCGAUUGAUAUUCAAUACCGCCAGAAAUUUGCAUCUUUUUGUGCGAGCAAAUCAAACCGGUCCGAGCCGCGCGAAGGGAAAAAUAACUCAAAAAUUUGAGAGUGCUGCCCGCAAUCUGAUUGAUUGGUGUCGUUGGUGAUUUGAAAUCUAAAAACCGGCCAGGAAUGGUGGAUUGUGAAGUGAAAUUGAUGUCCGCUUAUCAUAAAACGCGUCAACUCGAUUGAUCGAACUGGCAAUCAAUCUGAGAUAGCUGAGUGAUCAGGAGACGAAACAGUCGAAAAAGAAAACAAAAUAUUAAAAGUUUAAUUGCAUUGUUAAUCGGUGUGCAAAUUGAUCGCUGGACCGGGAAAUGUGCUGAAUUCUGGGCCAGAGCUUCCGUGACAUGAUCAAUCUCCAAUAACCCGAAGUGAAGUGUAGUGUAGUUAGCAGUGUCGUACAGAAAUUUUGAAAAAGAAGUGAGUGGUUUGUGGAGGCCAAGUGAAAGUCGCCAAAUUGCAAAGUCUGGACAGGUGCUUCUGACCGCUGCUGGGGCUUCUUGGUUUCUAGAGCUGGAGAGAUGCAGAGCUGAUAAUGGUGCGGAAAAGCCUGCAAUAUCGGAAUCUGGAAUAAAUGCUAAGUGAGUGAUCAACGUCUUCGGCGACGACGAUACCGGCAUCCGAACCAUCAUCAUUGGCGGCAUCUCUGCAGCAGUAACCCCCGACCCAAGCCCUAAACCUUCUGCCGAAAUCGUGCCGAAUGAAAGUGAACUUCCCGCGCGCAGUCGUUAGGAACAUGCAAAUAUGCAAAUGAUUCGCAUCAGCAGAGAGUCGAGCCAAAAGUAAAUCGAAAUGCACCGAGAGAAGCAUCCAUAUAUAUGAUCUUACUAAACCAGCGCUUUUCUUCUUAUUUUUUUGGUAGUUAAAGUGCAGGAAGCAGGGAAUACCGUUCCAACAAUGGAAAUAGCUUUUGGUGCUGGUUAAGCUCAGCUUCUGCAGCGGAGGAUUAAUAACAGCCGAAUCACUUUGGAUUAUGUAUAUUAGUUAGUGCAAAACCUCUCCAUCACGCUGGAAGUUGUGCUUUGAAGAUAAAAGUGAAAAGAUUUUUUUUCGUUGGUAGGAAGUUCGCGAUGAUCGGGCAACAGCGGAGGGCAAGAUGUAUUGUCAUUUGAAUAUAUGAGCAACGCUCCUCAGGUGCUUAGUUCCACCUAAGAAAAGUGAAUUAUAGUACAAAAGCAAAUCGUCCGGUUGUUCCUUUAGCUGCAUUCAGAGUGAUCUUUUGGAGUACAAAGGCCUGCAGAUCUUCGACCUUGGGGAAGGGUACACGACCAUCAAACAUGCAAAAUGAAUACAACAUGUGCAUGACCAUUCUGCUGCUGAUCGUUGGAUUUGUCCGGGCGGAGCACUUGUUAUUCUCUGAUUGCGGAGUUAGGACCUCUCGCCGACAGCCGCGUAGCAAUAACUUUGGCAACAACAACGAUUGGAGCAACUUUUACAAUAGAACUUCAGCAGGACCACCAGACCAUCAGCAAUCCGACAUGGACAGCGAUCCGGACGAGGCCAACCGCAAUCCAAAGAUUAUGCACGGAGUGCCCACUCUUGAGGGUCAGUACCCUUGGCAGGUGUCCCUGGAAUUGAUGCAUCCCUCCUACGGAUUCAUCGGACACUGGUGCGGUGGAGUGCUCAUCGAUCGAAACUGGGUGCUAUCUGCGGCGCAUUGCAUUCAUAACGAUUUAUUCAACCUGCCACUGCCUCCCCUAUGGACAGUCGUGCUAGGCGAGUACGACAGGUCACAUGAAUCCGGGUAUGAGCAGCGGAUUCCCGUCGACAAGAUCAUCCUUCACGACAAGUAUCACAAUUUCAAGCACGACCUUGUGCUCCUUAAGUUGAACCGGCCAGCUAACAUUGCGCCCAACACACGAGUCAAAAAAAUUUGCCUCCCAUUUGCUGACAUCAAAGUCAACACAAUGGUCAACGAUCCCCGACCGGAGCUGGACCGAACGAAAUCGAAACCCAGCACAGGACAACUAUUUUACUACGACUACCUUGGCCGCCCACCGGAUAUGGGUAGCACCGGAGGGAGUUCACCAGUGGAUGGAGAGGACAACAUCGAAACUGAACCAAACUUUCCCGAGCCACUCCCCGAGCGGGAGGACAAUUACCUACGGCGGUUACGGCUCCUGGGGGAGUUGCCUGGUCGGCCUCGAACGGCACAGGUCGUGGUGAGCACUCUGAUACGGGAACACCUGAUGAAGAGAGGAAAUUCCACCGCCAAGCCUAGAAGAGCGCCACAAACAAGCCGACGAGGGCGUCGCCUGUACCAGACGACCGAUUUCGAUGAUGACAACAGCGACACCGAUGGCAACGAUAACGAUGACGAUGACGACGGGAUUCGUCGUGGGACUCGCCACGGUAGCAAACGCCGGCGAAACGAUAAAUUCACCCACGGGGCCUUCUAUCGGAAUGAUAACUACCGGAACGAGUUCGGCGUGGGCCAGGAGAGCUCCGGUGCGGGAUUCAGUGCCAUGCCCGAUACGUCCCAGUACGUGGACUGCCUCGCAACAGGUUGGGGCAAGUCGACCAUCGAUGAUGAAUUAACUGACAUCCUGCUGCAGACGAAGGCCCCCAUCCAGAGUAGUAAAAAGUGUGAAGAGGCGUACGGAGAUUUCAUAAAACUGCAUCGAGGCCAUCUCUGCGCGGGAAACGUCGAUGGGACCGGUGGCACUUGCGUGGGCGAUUCUGGUGGACCACUGCAGUGCCGCAUCACCAAACAUGGCCCGUGGAUUCUAGUUGGCAUCACAUCGUUUGGAUCCGGAUGCGCUUUCAAGAACUAUCCAGACGUGUACACAAAAAUCUCGUUCUACCGCCAGUGGAUAAUGAACACCAUAUCGAGCAACUAGUUGGAGGAUAAUCUCCUCCAUGGAUCAACAUAAGUUACUGCAGCUGUUACCAACUAGGGCCUACAAAAAGUGCUCUAAACAAUUAAAUAAUGUGAUAUUUAGUUUUAACUAAAGAUACCACCAAAAUUAAUAUGUGGGAUGAAGUUGUUAAAAUCAAGUUUGUUUUUCUGCAAAACAUUUCUUACGGAAGCUAUUCUUUACUACCAAUUUCAACAAAUUUCAGCAAUUUAUAGAUAAAGAGUACCAUGCAGCAUGGAACACCAAAAGUGCUCAAUAAUACAAAAA